AGACACUCCCAACAGCUGCUAGUGAAAGUCCAGACUGUGAGUUAGUGCUUUACAUGAAUGUAGAAGAGAGACGAUCAGGAGCGGGUUGAGGGUUGUAGACGUGUGCAUUGCCAUGACAACACAGGGCCAUUGCAGUGCAUCAUGGGAGGAUCAGGGAGUUGCAUACAGAGACAACGUGAGCUCGUGAAGUCGACGGACACUGACGGACACUCGCUGAACUGCAGUAUCAGUAGAAGCAGCAUGGAGGAGUUUAAAGUUCAGACGGCCAAACAUUCGCUACCCAACAGUUCACCCAUGAGGUCGCAGAGCGAGCAGUCUAAAGAGCAUGCGGCCAAACGUUUGUCCUCCGCCUCCAACGGCACGAGCGACGGAGGCGCCGGGUCAAGAACUCCGGUGGAGAUCACGGCGCUGGAGGAGUCUUUCAGACGCUUCGCUAUUCACGGAGACACGCGAGCGACCGGGAAAGAGAUGAACGGCAAGAACUGGUCCAAACUGUGUAAAGACUGCGGCGUCAUUGACGGGAAGGACAUCACCCUCACGGACGUGGACAUCGUCUUCUCCAAAGUCAAGAAUAAAUCCGGCCGGACGAUCACGUACAGUCAGUUUAAAGAAGCGCUGGGAGAGUUGGCCAGGAAACGUUUUAAAGAUAAAAGCAGCGAGGACGCAGCACUAGAGGUUUACAAACUGAUAGAAGGGAAAUCGCCUGUUAUAUCUGGAGUCACGAGAGCCGUGGCAUCUCCAACCGUGUCCCGCCUGACAGACACCACUAAGUUCACGGGUUCUCACAAGGAGCGUUUUGAUGAAACGGGCCGCGGGAAGGGUAAGGCCGGACGCGUGGAGAUGGUGGACAAGUCCGGUUACGUCUCCGGAUACAAGCAUGCGGGCUCAUACGAGAAGAAAGUUCAAGGAAAGCCGCCUCAAAAACCUCUGUGAGAUUCAUCGGAAGACAAACCCGACUCUGUAAAGCACAAAAUUAUUUCCCAUUGAGGGUACGUCUGUGAAUUAGAUCCAUAUCGUGUUCCCCUCAUCCUAUACGUGUGUGUUUUUUAACUGGAAUGCUGUUUACAUCCAAACCAAGACGUCACCAGCUGGUACAUUCCUAACAAACUGCACAUUAUUGCAGAACACCGACACAAUGAUGCCAACCGAACGAAACAAUAUUGACUCCGAUGUUGCAUGCUCAGCUUGUGAAGGUUUGUGUUGAUAAUCUGUCGUGUUAAUGAAAUGUUUAUAUACUGUAGGAGCAUUUGGCAUUUUGUGAUCUCUUUCAGCAGAAUAAGGCCAGAAACAAACUGACGUAAAUGCUUGACAUUUGUGAUGUGUUGAACAUACAGUACCUGCAUGCAUGCGCUCUUGCAUUCGUUGCAGCAAAAUUCAGUAGUUAAAUGGGUUGUUGAGUUACCUAUAAACAUGUUAACAGUUUAACUAACAUUAAUUUACUUCUUGAACAAGAUUCUCCACAGAGUGUUGCUCAUGAGCUGAAAGAUAAAUCGUUUUAGCGGAUGUUUGCUACAGCGCCCCCUUCAGCUUCAUUCAAUGCAUAUGAUUGCGUAUAUGCUUCAAGCCCAAGUUUAUUUUAAUUUGGAUGAUACACUGAACAUUAAGAUAAUUGCUUAUAAUUUAUUUAGUAUAUAUAAUAUAUUACAGAUUUUAAUAACUGUUUGCACCGCUUUCUUGUUAUAAAAUGGGUCUCAUUUUUUAAAGAUUAUCCAGAUUUUAAUCCCUUAACUGCACAGCCCUUUUUGAGUGGGGGUGAAAGGUGAUGUACACCUUUAAAUUAAUGUAACUCUGGCUUUUGUUUGGUCUAGAAGCCUAAUCUUGGUCUUUAAAGUUUUUAAAGUGUCUAGAGGUGAAAAUAUUAAAAUGGUAUAUGGACUGCAUUUAUAUAGCACUUUUAACAGACCUAUGGCCAUCAAAUAAAAAUUGUUAUAGCAGUUUGCCUUUAUU